CAAUUUCUUGAUUCUUUAUUUUAAGAAAUCCGGUAUUCACACAAACUAAAAGGUUAUGCUUGUUUUGUUUAUCUUAGUAUAGUUUUGGGUUGAUCCUAAUUUAGUAAAAUGUUUGGUUUAAAAUUAAAGUAUUUUUUAAAUUCGUCCAACAUAAUUGUAAGAAACUUAAGAAAUAGGCGGCGUCCAGAGCUUACUGCAAACCCGGGAUUGAAUAAAAGAGUAAAAGCAUUUCAAGAGCAGGGAAUUAAGAUCGAAGAUGAAGAUGCCGAAGAAUUUCUUGAAAAAUCAAACAGCAGUUUCUAUAAUGUUGGUGAAGCCUACAAUGAACAUUUAAAUGAAACUUUGAUAGGAAAAUAUGACCUACAGCACAAAAUUGUAAAAGAGAAGUAUUUCAAAGAGAAUAUGCCAAAUCUAUUAACUUGGAGUGAAAAAGAACAAAUUCGUCACCUAGCCACGACACAACCUGAUGAAUGGACACCACAAAGAAUAGCAGAAAGUUUCCCUGUCACAGUACCAGUUGUAAAGAAAUUGUUAAAAUAUCCUUGGAAACCAGCCACUGAACAACGAAUAGCACGCCAUGAUGCAUCUGCUAUGAGAAAUUGGAGAGAACUUAAAGAGGGGAAUUUAAAUAUACCGGAGGAUUUACGUAAACACUUCUUGAAAUUUUCUGAACGGCAAAUACCUCCUCUCAAUCAAAAAUCAAUUAAAGUAGACUUAACACAAACAGAAAAAUUAGGUGAAUUUGAACAAAUUAUACAAAGGUGUGCACAAAAAGAUAAUACUGAAAAAGAAACAGAAAUGUCUGAAAAAACACAGCACAACAAUAACAAUGAAAGGAGCAACAAAAAAGUAAUAAAAGAUCCACAAAGAAUGACAUUAGAGGAUUUAACUGCAAGAAUAAAGGAGAGACUAGAAAGUGGAAGUGAAGUGGAUACUCCAGAUAGAAUAAUUAUAGACACUGUACAUACAGAGAAAUCAAAACUUUUAAAUAAUAAGGAAAUUGAUUUGAUAAGUUAUAAACAAGAAACUGAUUUAAAAGAAUAUAAAGAAUCUGAUAAAUCAAUAACUGCAAUAGAUUAUCCAGAAAGGAUAAGAAUUCCUAAAAAAGCUUAUAAAAAAGGUGCCACUUACAAAAUAAAGGAUUGCUAUUACGAUCAUGAUGGAAGAUUUUUAUAUAGAGUUUUAGGUUUAUCAGAAUAACUGUAGAAUAAAUGAAACAUCAACAUU